GUGCAAGACGCCAUACAGGAAAAUCGUAAUGCCGCACGCCUUUGUUAGGACAGUUUUAAUAAUUUAAUUGACAGUUAAACAGAAUGGCCCUAAAAGUAUCAUCCACGCACAAGCAUUCAGGCGCCCCGGGCUAUCCGCUGAAGGCAACCCGGUUUACUGAAGACGCUAAAGAAUAUUAUGGAUACGUAUAAAUUUCCUUUGUAUUUCUCCUUUUGAUUUUAAGGAAAACAAACCAACCAGAAAAUUACAUAAGUGAGCAUGGUUGAUUAAAUACAAGUUUAAUUGUGCAAUUUGCACGUGAUACGAAUGGAAUGAAGUCACGUUUUUCCAUUGACGUAUUGUAAGUAACAUAUCUAGUGUCGCGUGAUAUUAAUAUCAAGAGUUGUUAUCUAAAUACAUUAGAUUUAUUUUUAGUACAGUAAAGUAACUUUAAAAGUAAGAUCUAAAGAUACACAGUGAUGUAACGAUGCUGAGUCAUACUUUCCUUGCUAACACUCACCACCUUGGACUAAUUUGUGUAUUACAUAAUACGGAAUCUACGAAACCUUGACAUAAACAAUUUCGUUUCGCAUGUCAAUAGAUUUUUGCAUACUAAAAAUAUAGACAUGCGGAAGAUAUGAAUCUCGUCCUGUUUCUACUUAUACGAGUUUAAUUAAAAUAACCGGAAUAAUGUUCGCAGCGAACGUGCCAGCUAUGGCGUCAGUCGUAUCUGAUUCUUUGUUCAAUUUGUCGUUUAAAACGAGUUUGAUACAUUUAUAAAAAGUAAAAAAUAUAUAUUUCCAUGUUUCUAAAAUGAAAAUUGUCUAAGUGCGGAAGAUAAAAUCAAAACGCAGCCUUUGGAGCUUCGUUUCCUUGUUUGGUAGUGUUUGCGAUUAAUUGAACGUAACAUGAAAUUAUUUGAAUGGAUUUUGGCUGCAUCUCCCGAUGGCUUCUGAUGUCGGUUACUGGUAUCAUUUUGCCUUGAUCUCAAAUUUACUAUUUUCCAUUUUGUGUUAUCAGUCUAAGAUACUAUUAUUACCUAAAUCCGUCUUUUUCACAUUAUGGUGUUGAUUUUUCAUUUUCAAAUAUAAAAAUAGAUUCAAUAAUAGACAAGUACAGUCCACAUUAAUAUCGACGCGAAGUUAUGGACUUCCUACUUAGAAUUUUCGGGCUUUCGCAAAGGUACAGAUCCGUUUCCUGGGAUGUCCCUGCGCGUACGCACAUAGUCCGACCCCCACCUCGCGUUGCAACCAUAGUCAACUGGUUACAUAUUUAAGCAUACUACAAGUUACAUAUUUAUGUACGGUCGUGAGCUAAAGUCGAAAUUUCCGUUAUAAAUACGUUCGAUUUCUGUAUUCAAGUUAUGAAUGAAUUUUAUGUGACGCUUGACAGUGUUGUGUUGUGCUUUUAGAUUUUUUGUUUUGCCGUUCACAAUAAUGUAGGUGCUUAGAUUUAUUGACUGUGACUUUAAAACAAUGGCCGGCAAAGUCACAGUAGCUUUCUUCAUGUUCGCCAUGAUCGCUUUCCUGGCCAACUUCGGCUACGUUGAGUGCAAUCCUGCCAUUGCCACCGGUUACGACCCAAUGGAAAUCUGCAUCGAGAACUGUGCGCAAUGCAAGAAGAUGCUCGGAGCGUGGUUCGAAGGACCACUUUGCGCUGAGUCGUGCAUCAAGUUCAAGGGCAAACUCAUCCCCGAGUGCGAAGACUUCGCUUCCAUCGCGCCCUUCCUUAACAAACUUUAAAUAAUACGACGCGACGAAAUAGCAUGCAAUAAUUUUUAAUUUUGAUUAAUGGCAACACUAAAAGUAGUUUCUCCAGUAAUGGACGCGUCAAAGUUUAAAUAUUCAUACAGGCGAUUACGUUAUAAUGAAUUUUAAACAUUUACGCGUUAGCUGAAACUGUGCCGUUAACCAAAGUUAAACAUUAUCAUGCAUUUCAGAUUCUAAUCCAACCGAUGACAUGCCAAAGUAUUUAAACUUAUUUUAGUUAGCUUUAGAUUUAAUACUCUUGUUAUAACUGCUAUUACAGGGAUUAUUAUAAGAUUAUUUACGAA